AUGAUCGACUGUCACGAAUUUACUGUCAAUCCGAACAUGGCAGGCAGGGCUUUCUGCGUCAAGAUACAUUUGGAUAUACACGCGGUGACAUGUCCCGGCGUCUGGCUGUGUCCAAACGGCAAGGUGGCCCUGCGGAUCGACAUUCUGAACUCCUGCGCGGAAUCCCGCCGAAUAAGCCCGAUAUUCCCGCUGCUGUUCCACGACAGAUUCGCCUUCAGCAAGGUAUUCACACGGAUAAUCUCCUUGGCGGAGCUACAGCGCACUUUGGAGCAGGAGUUUCUCUACGUGGAACUGAUACAAUGGGUCACCGCGAACGGUCGCGGCGUCACCCUGGCCACGUUCGAGACGAACUUGGCGGACUUGCUGUACCCAGCGCCGUGUUUCAAAGGUUUAUUGGCCGGUGUGGAUGUAGACCUACUGAUGGAACCGACCAAGUGCUUUCCGGGUAUCAUAGCGCCCAAAAUCGAGGUGUCCACGAAAACGGUGGUCGAGGAAGUGCCGAGCCCCUGCGACACAAGUAUGAGCAAAUGUUAUGUCGUCAAUCCAAAAAUGAUUAACUCUAAGCAAACUGCCACGUGCGGCCAGAGAAAGAGGCCGGUUAAAGGUAUCAUAAGGCAACGAAGGGUAUGCCAUACCAAGCCGAGAUCUCAGAGCAGCCGACCAUAUCGCCAGAGAUCGAGUAGCGUGGGUGAUCCUCAUCAAUAUCAGUGUAUCACGAGUCAUCGGACAGGACCGCGUCAGGAUCACCAAUGUUAUCGCAGGAAAGAUUCCGCAUGUACGCCUCGAUCGUGUCCGCAGAAGCCAGUCACGUGUGAUAAUAGCCAUAUUACGGACAAUUGUCCGGUUUGUUUGAAGUAUAAUUGUUACUUUUCUAAAUGCCACGAUUCGGCAGCAGCUGGAGGAUCUUACGCCGAUCCUAAACGAAAAUACAGCGAUACCGCGCAUCAUCACAAAAGUCGGCCCGAUAACAGUGUGUGUUGCUGUGUUUGCGGGCCGAGCAACGCAUCCGACACGCGAGAGGAACCAACGAUGUCGCUGUUGCACAAAAUAAAAAAUCUCCAGAAAACCAGGGAGAAACUGUGCGCCGCGGAGGUGGACGACGUAACGGACUGCGACUCCUGUUGCGAGUUCACGCGAGAUCACGACUCGAGUCAGGGUUUCUACAAGAAUCUCGAGAAAUUCUACAAAAGGAUGUACAAACAAGCGAAGAUACGCGCGCAGGAGGUCGAAGGUUGAUGUGAUAUCUGUGUUCUUGCGCUUUGGAUCUUCAUGUGGACCCUUGUAUUUGGAAACAGGUUCGAUCGACGAAAGUUUUGUUCGAACACAGUGUUUAAAGGACCCCGUGUGGCACGAGCAGUUGUGAUUGGUGAUUCGUCAGUGUCGAGCAAUCAAUUCCGAGCCGAGUACCGGUUGUCGCACGAAAUAAAUGUGGAUGAAUCGAUUACAUAUACAAA